UCAAACAACUUCAGAACUUGCAGGGACGACUCUCUCUCUCUCUCUCUCUCUCUCUCUCUGUAUAUGAUAAUCGUCAUCAUAUUCACACAGGUUCGUCCCUCGCAGAGCAUUCAAUUCUCACGCGUUUAAUUUCUCAAUCUUUGAUUUGGACUUCUCAAUCUCGCCAUUCAUUGUCGUUCGGAAUCCCUAAUCGCUCUCCAUCUUUCUCGCUCGCUCCCAAAUUUUCCCCAAAGUUGGAGUCCUCGCAAUUCGAACUUUAUAUUACGUGUAUGGAUCUUCAGCUGGUAACAAAGGGUUCGAAUUUCUCUCGGAGAAAGAAGAAGUGGCUUAUCGCUCUUGCUCUGUUUGGUGUUUCGAGUUAUGGUGCUUACCAGGUCUAUCACCUGCCCUCUGUGGCUAGGAAGAGAAAGAGGCUUUCUAAGCUCUUCGGAGCUUUGAUUUCUGUGGCCGAAAUGGUUUCCGAUUCUGCUGAGACAGUCGCUGUUGUCUCCAAGGACUUGAAGGACUUUCUUCAGACUGAUUCCGAUCAGAUUCCCAAUAGUUUGAAGCAAUUGUCCAAAAUCGCAAGGUCGGAGGAGUUUUCCAAGUCUGUGGUUAGGGUUACUGAGGCUUUGACAGUUGGGGUUUUGCGUGGGUAUCAGUUUGAGUCGAAGAAUGAGAUUGAACAAGGGUCGAAUUCGAAUUCGAAUUUGAAUUCGAAUUUGGGGUUUUCUGAUCGGGUUUUGGAUAAACUUAUUUCUACAGCUGGGACUGGAUUUGUUUCUGUUGUUGUUGGUAGCUUCGCGCGCAAUUUGGUUUUGGGUUUUUACUCUAACGAUCAAUCCCGUGAAGGAUCGAAUGGGGACGGAGUAGUUCUUGCAUCCAAUGCUGGGUCCAAUUCUGAAUCUUUUCCCAUGUGGUUAAAUGUUGUUUCGGGCGACAAGUGUAAAGAUCUCAUAGCUGAUUGCAUCCAGACGUUUGUGAGCACGGCCGUUGCUGUUUAUCUGGACAAAACAAUGGAUAUUGAUGUCUAUGAUGAAUUGUUCUCUGGGUUGACCAAUCCUAAGCACGAAACCAAAGUGAAAGACUUUCUUGUUUCUAUUUGCAGUGGUGCAGUGGAGACACUUGUGAAAACAUCUCACCAAGUGUUGACCACCCCAAAAUCCAAUCCACACUCCAUUGUUGAUCAUAGCACUAAUCCAAGUAGAAUAAGUGAGGAGUUUCCUCAGCAUGUAUCGUCUUCCACGAAACUGAAAGAGAAAAGUUCUGCCAAUGGGAUUCAGAAUAGUGGUUGGGUGAGUAGUGUUUCAUCCACAUUGGCGGUCCCAAGCAAUAGGAGGUUUGUGCUUGAUGUGACUGGGAGGGUGACAUUUGAAACAAUUAGAUCUCUCUUGGAGUUUUUCUUUUGGAAGCUCUCAGAUGUGUUGAAAAGAAGUCAUGAAGAGGUGGUGGAAAGGGGGCUACAAGUCAUCAGAUAUGUUGGUGCUAAGUCUUCUGUUAUUGUUACCAUAUGUCUUGCUUUGUAUUUACAUAUCCACGGUGGUACUAGGGCUUUGUUGCCUGCUUAAAUUCGUUGUUGGCUUCCAUGCAAAAAAAUAUUCAUAGAUGAUGGUAUAAAGAAAUCUUAUUGACAUCAUUUUUAGUGUAAAGAUGCUUAUUUAUAUCUUUAUCUUAUGAGCAUGGAAUAUUGUGACAUUUACUUGUAUUUUGAAUGACAAAAGUUUUAGGUUCUGGAAAUACUCAGCUUCCUCAUCUGUUUAAUGCGUUAAAUUGACAGUUUUCAGUUUGUAAUGUUCAUGGCAUUCAAUAUGAAAAACUUUAUUGAGAAGGAAAGAGCAAAUUUUGUUUGCUUGGUGUGAAAUAUGGAAAUGCAUCCCUUUAGUUUCACGGGAAGUAUGAAAAAGAUGCUUAAAGAUGACUUUCAAACCUUAGUGGACAUUUAAGGAGUCAUUUGAACCUGAAAAUCUUCUGCAAAUGGGAAUUAUGGUAUGCCCCGAUUUAUUGGCCUUCAUUGAGAAGAUGAAGUGGAAAAUGUUCACUGUGAAAAAGAAGCAACAAACAACAUCUAGCCUCCUGGAGCAGUAAUGAUUUUGUCCAAAAUGUUCUAAGCAAAGCAUAUGUGGUCUCAGUUGCACAACAGAAAUGAUCCACUCAGUUCUGGAUUGGAAUGGGAGUGAGUUCUUUGGAGCCUUCUUUUAUUUUCUUUUUGGGCGUUGGGGAAGGAUGAAAUUCUCUGUUUUUCAAAUUGCACAAUAAGGGAUGUAAGCUGGGAAAUUUUGUUGGCUGCCUUUACUUAGAUCACACUCAUGAAUGUUAGUUGUCAUUUUUCCAGUGUUGUAAAAGUGUAUAUAACCAGAACAUAAUUUGGGGUGUGUUUUGUCUUUCGUUUAUGUAUGGGAUUCACCUUUGUGGCCUAAAUGAAAUACUUUCUGGAAGCUUUUGGAAAGCUGUAUUUGAUGUCUCAACUGUUAGAGCCUUAGACCAUAUUAGUUUACCGGUUAUUUUCUCCAUUUAUUUUGAAUUUCUCAGAUAUUAUCUUAGAUAGAGCGUGCAAAUUAUAAAGCUUUACGCUUUUAAGACAAAUUCUUGCAGCACACAGCUCAUUUUGGCAGCCUUGAAGCUGAGAGUGACUGUUUACUUUUGGUCUCCUUUGAGGCUGUAGUUUCUAUUGCUCUACGGCUGACUUUUGGAUUGUUCUUGCAAAAUAUGUGAAGUUUUUCUCUUAUCCCUUUUUUCCUUUUGUUGAAUAUCACAUAUGAUAUUCUCAUAAGAAUCUUUAAGUAUAACCCUGUUUCAUGAUUUCUUGUGUCUUUCGAUUUCUAGUCCUGAAGAUUUUGGAUCAGAAGUGUAUGGCUAUGCUCAGCACUGUCACUCGUUGCCAAGACAUGAUAACUGAGAUGAUUACCUGUGCUGUUACUGAAGGGGAUGACAAUCACGGUGAGUGCUUUCACUACUUUGUAUAAUGUGACCUGUUCUGUUCAAGAUUUUAGGAUGUUCUGGGAAGGUUCUCUACUCAAACUACUUGACAGCCUGCUUUUGGAUAGUGAGCCCUUGGGGUCAAGAAACAAGUAUUUCUUUGGCUUUUGUUUGUUCAGUUUGAAAUGGACUACAGUAUUAAAAUGUUUUCAAUCAAGUUGUUUAGAUUAUUGAUUAGAUUCAAGUUUGGGAGGUUUGACCUUCUGGAUUCCCGGAGUUAAGCAAUGCUGGUUAUGCGGCACCUUAGAUCCUAUCACAAGGUAAUUUAUGUAAUUGAUUGAAGAUCGCUGGAAGUAGCAUCAAGUUAUAUAGACAAGCAUCUUCUCAUUGUUGUGUCAUAAUUCCUUCACAGGAAAAUGCAUUGGAAUGUGUCCAAAGAGUUAUAGGAAAACAAGGCAAAGUAACGAGUUGUUUGUUGCCUAUGGUUUUAAUGAAUGCUUAUAAAAUAUAAUUCGCCUUGAAGUUUGUUUUUAUGUUACAGAAGAUAGUUCCUCUUUCUUAUCAAUUUUUUUUUCUGUUUCCUUUGCCAGAGCUGCUGUUACACAUGGUAAAGAUUGUGGCAUGGUAUCUAAAAGUGAGAAGUUAAGAGUAUAUCAUAUAUUCCUUUACAUUCGUUUUUGUUAUUUAUGGAUGACUUAGUGGAAUCCAGUGAUAUGAUCACAUCACAGUUCGUCAUCCUGACAGAAAGCAACUCGAUUCCUACAUGGGAGAUUUUCCAAUUGAGAACAGGUGAAUUGUGAAGCAAGGUGCUGCUUAAGAAGUACAGAGCUUCAAUCUGCAUCAUUGCUGGAAUGAAAGAGUAGUUGGUUGCAUGACUGCCAAGGAAGAGAAGGUGACUCGUCUAAUGAGUAAUCAUGACUUUCAUUGUGCAGUCCAGAUGUGGAACUCGUGAUUGGAUUGGAGGAGUCACCGUAAAAGACUUUUAUUUAUUUAAUUUAUAUUUUCCCAGUCAACUUUCCACUAUAAGAUUUUCUGCACUAUGCCUUGUUGAUUACGGGUUGAAUACCCCACGAAGAAGGUAGGGCUAGUGAUAUCGCUUUUGUCUUGUUACUGUUGAUAGUGCUAACGGGGGCUGCAUUGUUCAUUCGGUAUAGAUUGUACUGUCCGUGCUCAAGAUUUUGUGCUUGUGCAGUUGGAUCGCGAUAUGGAUUCUAUUCUCAGUGCACAGGAUCAUAUGUUCGUGCUGUUGGAUCGUCGACUGUAAAUCCAGCAGAUUUUGGCAACUGGAGAGUUGUUUUUUUUUUUUUCUGGUCACAAUGUCAAAUAUUUUCUAGCAGAGUCUAUUCUCAUGACAUUAACACCAUCUUUAUUCAAUAGCUCAUUGAUAAGGCUAACACUUGUAUGUUACACUAUAUGACAAAUUACCAAAAGCCGUGUUUGACUCUUUUUUUUCUUCUGUGCAGUAAAUGGAUAUUCUUUCGGAGAAAAGUGAAUGGUAAGGGGUGGACCAAGGUGGUGAUGUGAUUGGCUGAUAGGGAAAUUAUGUUUCAGGAUGUAAAACUUCACCAUCAGCGGCCCUAACCCGUCCAAAGUGAGGCAUCUGUAGUUUCCUCCACUUAAUUGAACUUUGAUUGGAAAUUGACUAUGACUACUUCACUUUCUUUUCUUUUUUUUUUUUAACUUUUGAUGAGAGUCAUACAUUUUCUUUCAAAAAAUGUGUAGUAACAGUGUUUGGUUAUGUGAUUGGUUUAUAUACAAAUAGAAGAAUUUUCUUACGGA